GAGAAUAUUAAUUCCCAUCUAUCACUGGUUUUUUGUUGCGCCCCGGUAUUUUGCUAGGCUGUGUGUGAUUUGCAAAAAUGACCGCCAAGCUGAAGAAAUCCACAAAAAAGUUCCAACAGCGGCGGCUGGGAGACACCCUCGAGAGACGCAAAGAAUUUUCCAAGAUCAAGCAGCGACAUCAGAUAGCCGAGAAAAGAAAGGCCAAAAAUGCCGGACGCCGGGAGAAGGAAGAAGCAGAGAAGGUCGUCGAUCCGAAAGAGCAAGCUAAGGAUAAUGCAUUCGCUGAAAUGAACGUCGACGACUUCUUCGCUGGCGGAUUUGAUAUCCCAGAACAAACAAAAGGCAAGGGAAAGAAAGCGCAAAAGAAGGAUGUGACACCCAAAAUCGGCAAGAGAAAGCGUGCUGAAGAUGUUGCAGAAGGCGGUACUUCUGCAUCAGACAGCGCGGAGAGUGAUGCCGACGUGGACGUAGAAUCUGACGGCGAUGAGCAAGAUUCUGACGAUGCGAGCAACGUCGGCGACUUCGAAGCGCACAUGGGACAAUUGGAGGCUUUAAAAGACAAAGAUCCGGAAUUCUACAAGUUCCUCAAAGAGAACGAUGCCGAGCUCUUGGAUUUCGGUGACCAAGGUGACCUGGCUGAAGUUGACGAACUGAGCGAGGCUGAAGAAGGACCCGCGAAGAAGAAGAAAAAGUCAAAGAACGAAAUAGAAGCCGACGGGCCGGAUGACACCAAGCUUACAACGUCGAUGGUCAAAAAAUGGAAGAAGGCUAUGCAGGAGGAACACUCAAUGAGAGCUCUGCGACAAAUAGUGCUUGCCUUCAGAUCAGCCGCGUAUAUGAACGAGGAUGAGGCAGACAAUACGAAGUAUUCGAUCUCUGACUCCGCUGUUUAUCAUCAAGUUCUUGUUACCGCGUUAGAAUCUGUGCCCAAGGUUCUUGCGUACCACCUACCAGUCAAAGAGACCGCGGGAGGCAAGCUCAAACUGAACACGGAGUCCAAAAAAUUCAAAACGCUUACGCCUCUCAUCAAGUCGCACACAUCUUCGGUUCACCAACUUCUGGUUAAUCUCACGGACCCGUCCACUUUGAAGCUCACACUUUCUUCCGUCGAACCCAUGAUGCCGUACCUUCUCCAAUUCAGAAAGCUCCUGAAGGUUCUCGUGAAAACUGUCGUGGGAAUUUGGUCAGACAACUCUAAUGCUGAAGCCGUCCGCGUCACUGGUUUCCUCAUCAUGCGCCGUUUGAUGAAAAUCGGCGACGCUGGAAUCCGCGAGGCGGUCUUAAAGGCAACAUACGAAGGUGUCGUCAAAGGCAGCCGGAAUACCACCGUUCACACACUGGCAGGUGUCAACCUAACGAAGAAUUCUGCCGCAGAAAUUUGGGGCGUUGACCAAAAUGUGUCCUACACUACAGGCUUUAGUUUUAUCCGCCAGCUCGCUAUCCAUCUCCGAGGCAGUAUUACAAACAAAAGCAAGGAAUCAUACAAAACAGUUUACAACUGGCAAUACGUGCACUCCCUUGACUUUUGGUCACGAGUACUCUCUCAGCACUGCAAUGGCCUUGUUGAAGCAGAAGCUGGAAAACAGUCGGCACUCCGUCCUCUUAUAUAUCCAGUCGUUCAAAUCACACUGGGUGCCAUUCGUUUGAUUCCUACCCCUCAAUACUUCCCACUCCGUUUCCAGCUUAUUCGAGCUCUUUUACGUAUGUCCCGUGCUACAGGCACUUAUAUUCCUUUGGCUCCAGUGCUAUUGGAAGUUCUAAACUCGAACGAAUUGCGAAAGCCUCCCAAAUCUAGCACUUUGAGGGCCCCGGAUUUCAACACAUCUAUUCGAGCAGCCAAAUCUUACCUUCGCACACGUGUCUACCAAGACGGAGUUGGCGAGCAGGUUGCCGAACUGCUAUCUGAAUUCUUUGUUCUAUGGACAAAGAGCAUCGCAUUUCCAGAACUCUCCUUGCCCAUUGUUGUGAUGUUGAAGCGAUGGCUCAAGGAAGUUGGAUCGCGCGCUACAGGCAAUAAAAACUCGAAGAUUAACCAGAUGAUUCUGCUACUUGUUCAAAAGCUCGAGCUCAAUUCCCGCUGGAUUGAGGAACGUCGCGCCAAAGUCACCUUUGCUCCCAAAAACCGCGCCGAGGUUGAAAGCUUCCUCAAAGAGACCGAUUGGGAAUCCACUCCCCUCGGUGCUUUUGUGAAGACCCAACGCAAAUUACGAGAAGAGAAAGCUGCCGUUCUUGAGCAGGGCAGGCAAGACGAGGAAAAGCAGCGACAAAAGGAGCGCGAAAAUGGCAGUGACGAUGAUGAUGUCGAGGUUGAUAGUGGCGACGACGAAGAAGAGGACGAGUAAUCGCCACAUCUACCACCAGGACAGCUUUUAUGCAUGUAUUUCUUUGGCGCCGGGUGCUGUGUAUACAUUAGUUUACGUAUUUAAAAGAAAUUUCUACCGGAGGUGUCAUUUGCGAGUAAAUCACGGGGAAAUAUCAGGUCUACGUGUAAGCUGGAAAGUUGAGAGCUGAUCCACAGGUAUCAGAGCGCAUAUGCAGUCUUGGAUAACACACUAAUCAAUAGAUAUAUUAAUGCAAGUAAUCAAUUGAUAAAUAUUAAUAUACUCCGUGCG